CCCGUAAGAAACCUUCAACUCUAACUCUAUUAUUGAUGAACAAUCGCUUCUAUAAUCGAACCACCUCUGUCUUUAUGUUCAGAAUCUGCUAUAUAAAGAGGCAUUGUCGAUUGCAGUUUCUCUCAUCUUGUAACAAAAACUAGUUUAUAUCAUCAUGGAAGCAAAGAAGCUUGUUCUGGUUUUCCUAUCUCUGGCUUUGGUUCUUGGUCUUUGUCAGAGUUUCGAGUAUCAUGACAAGGAGUUGGAGACGGAAGAAGGGUUGUGGGGUAUGUAUGAGAGGUGGAGGAGCCACCACACGGUGUCGACGAGUCUCGAGGACAAGCACAAGCGAUUCAAUGUGUUUAAGGCCAAUGUUGAACAUGUUCACAGGACAAACAAGUUGGAUAAGCCUUACAAGCUGAAGCUAAACAAGUUUGCACACAUGACUAACUAUGAGUUCCGGAGCCUCUAUGCUGGCUCUAAAGUGAACCAUCAUCGUAGGUUCCGGGGCGAGAAAACAGGAAAUUCAACCUUUAUGUAUGAAAAUGUGCACCGUGUUCCUCUGUCAGUCGAUUGGAGGAAGAAAGGAGCUGUUACACCUGUCAAAGAUCAGGGCCAAUGUGGUAGCUGCUGGGCAUUUUCAACAGUUGUAGCGGUUGAGGGAAUAAACUACUUGAAAACGAAUAAGUUAGUUUCAUUAUCUGAGCAAGAACUCAUCGACUGUGACACCGAACAGAACCAAGGUUGUAGCGGGGGAUUGAUGGACUCAGCAUUUGCUUUCAUCAAGACCAAGGGGGGUCUUACAACAGAGGCCAAGUAUCCUUACAGGGCUGAAGAUGGGAACUGUGAUGUUUCUUUGGCUAGUGCACCAGCAGUUUCAAUAGAUGGACAUGAAGAUGUCCCUGCUAAUGAUGAAAAUGCAUUGAUGAAAGCCGUGGCAAACCAACCUAUCUCUGUGGCUAUUGAUGCUGGGGGUUAUGAUUUCCAGUUCUACUCGGAGGGAGUAUUCAAUGGAGAUUGUGGAACGGACCUGGAUCAUGGAGUUGCAGUUGUAGGCUAUGGAACGACGCUGGAUGGAACUAAAUACUGGACAGUGAAGAAUUCAUGGGGAGCUGAAUGGGGAGAGAGGGGCUACAUAAGAAUGAAGCGAGGCAUAUCUGCUAGCGAAGGACUCUGUGGUAUCGCGAUGGAGGCUUCAUAUCCGAUCAAAAGCUCAUCAAGUAACCCUAGUGGUUAUAUGUCUGCUCUCAAAGAUGAGCUUUGAAGCCACAUAUGUAAAGAUUAUCAUCUAAAUUUCUGCACAAGUCUGGUUAUGCAUCACUUCUUAGGACUAAAAAGAUGGCAUAGUGUCAUAUAGUGUAACAAAUCAUUAGUUAUGAUUGUAUGGGGAUGAAAUAAAUUCUCUCUGGUCUAUUA